AGAAACGUCAAAACCGUCCACCAUUGCUCCUAUCAUGUCACCGUUCCGUCACUAAAUGCCCGUACGAUCAUAAAACUAAGGCGGUCUUGCUGCCAUGCACAAAAUCAAGAUUUUCAGAUCUUGAAAUGCGGUGAUAUUCUACGAUCAAAUCAAGUCCGGUUUUUUUAUUCAGCCAAAAUUGACAAAAUCUCUUCUAGGGAAGCCAAAUUUUAAGUUGCGCACAAACCAUAAGCGUUUCGGACUUCGUACGGGCCACAAAUUCUCCAUCUUUGUUUCAAUUUUAUUAUUAUACGCUAUAUAGCUCGCUCGGGCUAAGGCACCAUACUUAAGCCAUAUCUUGGUUACAAGACAGGUGAAUCGUUGUACAGAUAUAAUUUUUAUAAAGUUUUACUAAGCGAUGGCUGAGGAUAAGGUUGAAAGUGUAGCCACUGGGCUGCAGGAGUUGUCCCUUUUGUCUUUCCGAACGGUCGACGAUGUUAAGCGACUGGCGAGGCAUUUCCGGAACGUCGUCAACCAUCCUCUAACGCAAGAGAACCAAAGCAUUCUCAACUACUUGAAGAAUCUGGACGAAACACACCGCAAAGUGUUUCUCCAGAAACGGGAGGGGGUUGAAGUGGAAUACAUUUUCACGACGGAAAAGAAAAGCAGCUUGCAGCGCCAACGUUUUAACAGCUUGCCGGUUAGCGAAGUGCCUGAACUGCUGAAGGCAGAAUUGAGCAAUGCGGAGAACGCAAAACAAGUGCACAUUUGCAUCGAUUGCAAUGUGGAAAUCGAGUUGAAUGACGAAGAACCAUUGAUGGAGUCUUUGCAAAAACAUUUCAACUUGGAAGUCCAUCUGCCUAAGUUGAAACGCGAGAGCAUAGACGUGGCUGAGCCCAUCAUCCUGCCCAAUAUGUCUAGGAGGCUUUCCGCCAUGGAAUGCGGCGAGACUCCCGCUCAGAAUCUGGCUAUGCUCAUCCAAAGACCGGUGGAGAAGUUAGACCGCGCGUUCUCAGCUAAACUCGAAGCGGCGUUGAUCAGGAACUUGCCUGACAACUCUGAGGCCAGCAUCGAUGCCGCUGUCAAGUUCUAUCAGUCGACCUACGAUAAACUUUGCCGAGAAGUGGUGGCGAUAGACUUUUCGACUCAGACAAGCGCGGUCGCCCCUAUUAUCAUGAGUAUUAAAGACAAUGUCUACCAAAAUUUCGCUUCUGACGCCAAUAAGAAUAUUGAUAAUGACGACAACGAUCAGGGAGCCGACAAACCGGUUAAGAAUCAAGUGAAGAAGUACCGCUACUACGGUCCUAUAGAGAAUUUCAUCCUGAAACUGUUAGGCAACCAUAAGCUCCUAUCGUUGGUCGACGAUCGCACCGGCAAGCUGGCAUUCUUCUGCAUGGCCUGCGAGUAUUACACGCUGCGUUUCCGUUACGACAGCGUUCUGAACCACGUGUUCAGCGAAACACACAUUCACAACUUGUCUUGCAUUCUGCAAGCCGAUAAGCACAUUCCAUUUACGAUGGAGGAACGGUCGAUGGAGAAAAUCAAAGAGAUGAACAGGAAGUUUUUAUACGGGCACGAUAUUACGGAGGAUGCGAACGGUCUUAAAUGCGGGCUGUGCAAGACGUCUAUUGAAUCGGUAGAGGCGUCGACUGUGCAUAUACUGGAUGAGAACCAUUUAGCGCGUCUGUCUGAUAAGCUAUUCCGUAGAAUGAAGCUGAACAACCCUGAUGGCGCGAUCCCAGACGAAUGGGGACCUAAAGAUUUGGACUGGACCAAAUUCUUGGGCAGUACCGGGAAACCGCAGAACAAUCGGGACCAUGUAGUGAUCGAGAACUUCAUAAAACCGUCCGGGAAAAUUGCGAACUACUGCACAUGCUGCGACAUGACCUUGAAAGGGCCGAGGCAAGUGUUGUUCAACCACAUCCGGCAGAAGAAACAUUUGCGGAACGCAGCGCCGCACAAACUGUCUCUACUCUAUAAAAACUACUGCCGCCCUGCGGAGUAUUUCGCUAGCUUCGGCAAUUUCUACGCGUGCAUGUUGUGUACUAAAUACGUCGCUGUGCCGUCUUUUUCCGCGAUCGUAGAGCACUUUGAGAGCCCGAUGCAUGUUGAAUCUAUCGCCAAAACUGUCCGCUCGGCUAUGUACCCCGAUUCAGUUGAUCGCGACAUUCUUCUGCUGAACAAAAUCGCGGUGUCUCAAGGGGGAAUAUGGUGCAAUUUUUGCAGUGUCCCUUUCCAGUCGAUUCAGGAAGCGAUCACGCAUAUACUAACCAGUGUAGAUCACCAGAACUUGGCUGCUGAAGCGAAGAUAACCGCGAAUAGAGGGGACAUAAUAAGCGUCUAUAUGCGAGGCAACUACAUACUAUACACUGAAGGCAGUACCUUCAGUUGCGUAGUCUGCCAGUGCGUCUUUAGUUCCAUUCGCUCCUUGCUGGCCCAUUUGGUGUACGCCGAUCAUUUCGUGGAGAAACCGUCUUCAGAAUGCGUCUUCCGUUUCUAUUUGGAGUUGAAGCAUAAUAUAGGGAUGUUGGGGCGAAAUAAGUACGUGUAUUACGACUUUGGGAAACUGCGCUGUGGCGUGUGUGAGGCGGAUGUUUUAGAGGGAGAGAACGCGAAGAAACACGUUGUGUCUCAACGUCAUAGGGAAUCGAUGGGUGCCAGCUAUGUGAACGUUAGUUUGGACGCAUCUGCAGUGGAGUAAGGAUAUGUGUGUUGUCAGCCGCUGGAUUGGGGUCCGAGAAGAAAUUAGAUUUUAUUAUACAUAGAUAGACUACAAAAUAAUGCGGAAAAAUAAUACACAUAAUUUUGGAACGACUACACUCUGCCUGUUUUGUGAGUUUUUUAAUUUGAUUUUAUGGCUUGGCUUAUAUCAUAAAAUAUGCAUGUUUUUAUAAUGAAAUACCCUCAAAAAUGUAUUAAAAAGUACUUGCCACCAUAAUUUGGACCUCAUUACGUUUUAAAAAGGUUCAUUUUGACAAAAAAAUGUGCUAUGUCAGGGACCGUUUUGCCUGUCGGUUAGUGUUGCCAGUAUUUUAAGCUUUAUUGAGUUGUAACAAGUAUCAAAAUCAACGAAAAAAUGUUCUAUGUAAAGUCUAGUUUUUUAAGUCGUUGUGAAGUAAUGUAUAUUAUUUUUGUGACAUUAUACAUAAAGUUAUAUGUUUGGGUCAGGAUUUUGAUUUGAGAAUGCAGAUUAAAAGAUUCAGUAAAUAUAGAAUAAUGCCUUAUUUCACCAUGAAUCCCUAAUUUACUAGACUUUGAAACCUGCGUUCUCUGUCAAAUGCCGACUCGAAUCAAAAGGUCAGUGGUAAUCAGUGUUAAUAAGGCCUAUAAAUGAAUUAUGUACAGAUGGACGUGCACAAACUAAAAUGUGUGUAUUUAAUAGUUUAAUUAUUUACUAUAGUCUGGUCCGUGAGCACGUAGAAUUUUGUCCAAUGACCCCUAGCUACCCAUUCUUAUCGCUCGCGCGUAA